AUGCUUGCCUGUGCUAGAAAAAUUAAUCACAUCAAGAAAAUCCUAUACAGAGAGAAGGUAAGGAGAAAUAAAAAAAUCAAGUGUCACAUCCAGCACGUUCCCUACAGCGAUCAGUACAAGGAAACGGUAACCCUAUCAUACAAAAGGGGGACGCUCACACAGGUGAUUGAAUAUGCAGAAAAGGAAAGAGCCCCUUCCCUCUUCACUGAUUAUGUGGAGACGCGCACAAAAGAGAGAAGUCAUUUUUUACCACCUCGAAAGGGGAAUCACCUAAGUGUGCUUCCUCCUAAGAAUGGUGUUGCCUGGGUCGACGCCACACCCAAUGGGGGGCAUCGUGAAGAGGGAUACACGAAUGGUGAGGGGAGGAAGAACCGAAACGUCGGGACCGUCCCCCAUGAAUCACUCAGCAGCACGUCCCCACAAGGCAGCCCAAUCAUCCCCCACACGAGGAUACAUAACACCGCGGUGAUAAAAAAAUAUCAAGACGAACAAGGAAAAAAAAGAAAGGAACUAAGCGAACUAAACGAAUGGAACGAACAGGGCAAACGGAACAGGCUGGUGAUCCAGUACCAUGUGGGGAGCAUAAAAGGCGUAAUGACCAUUUUGGACAAGUGCCAAGCGUACAACUAUAAGAAUGGUAACCUACUGGAGGAUGUUUGUGAAUCCAUCCCCUCGCUCGGUCUGCAAGGCACAAGCAUAAAGAACCUCCUCAGCAUUCUACAUGCCUUCAUUAAAUUAAAUUAUUUCAAUGAGGGAUAUUUCAACUAUAUGUUUCUGCGUCUUCUAAAUGAGCACUCUUUGAGCAACUCCGAUUUGAUAUCCCUCCUGUUCAUUCUGUCCAAUGUAGAAAAGCUGAACGCCUUGAGUUGUGCCCUCCUCUACAAAGUAAAUUUUAUGCUGCUCCAUAGGAUACACUCCCUCUCCCUACACCAGCUGCAUAAUGUGUUGAAUGCCUACCUGAAGAUGUCCAGGCGGCUGUCAGCUCGGGCAGAAUUUCAACGGGGAAGUACACACCAGGUGACAAAGACGGAUGAACGAGGUGGUCCAAAGAUCAAUUCAACAAAUUUUGAGCUCUUUUACAAGCUAAGAUUUGACGAGGCCACCCAACCGGGGGAACCUGCCCAACCGAGCAACCACCGCAACUGCAUCCACCUCAUAUUCCGCCUCAUUGAAAUUUUGAGGAAGAAAAAUAUCCCCAUGGAAAAGCUGAGCAAAUUCAUAACCCUACAGGAUUGCCUUAACAAACCUUUCAUCACCCACUUGAAGAAAGAAAUAGGACUCCUCUUUGUGAAAAAAUUAAAAUCUGAAUACAUCCUUUUUAACCGACUGGAGAGGAAGCGUCUGUAUGGAUUGAGGGAUUCCAUUUUAGGAUCCCCCAAAGGAGGGGGUUCCAAUGGGGAGGAAAGCGUGGCACGAAAGGGAACCCCCCAGUGGCAUUCCCACAGGGAUGAGAAGUUUCAAAUGGGGAUCCACUUAAGGGAGCGCGAACUGAAUUCUGCUAGUACCUCCCUUCAGCAAAAGGGGGGGCACACAGGGUCGGCGGCUAUUCAGUUGAAGCUGAUAAAGAGGAUGAAGAGGCAGCUGGAAGCCCGUCUGCUCGUACCUCUGAUCCGAUUGUGUGACAUCCGCGAUGGGAAUCUCCACACAGGUGAUAAUAACGAUGGGGAUGGCCUCCCAAGAGACCGCCGUAGUGGUCAUCUGGAUUGUACCUACCCGUGGAAGAACCCCCCCCUGGACUUCCUUCUCCAUUGCUACAAACACCUACCCCUACAGUUCGAUGAAAAAAGUCUGGUGGUCACCCUGAGCUGCUUCUCCCAGAGAAGACAAACACAAACUGAUGAAGUGCUUCACAUGCUAAUGAACCUCAUGGAAAAAAAAAUAAAUAAAUUUACUCCAGAACAAAUAGUGGACAUGAUGAGGAGUAUCUCCAACCUGAGAGAUGAAAGAAUACCAAAUGGCUCUCUGAAUUUUUUAAUUAGAUUUCUCUUUAACAGGAAUGGAAUUAUUUACCUGAAGGAUGAACACAUAUGUAGUCUCCUAAAUGUGAUUGAAAAAAAAAAAAAAUUCAUUAAUGAAGAUGGGAUUCAUUAUAUAAGUCACUUUGUCGUCAACCAUAAACCAUCUUUUAAGAAUGUGAAAAAUAUGUUUUCCUACUUUUCCUUCCAUUUUCAUUUUAACAAAUUUGAUAACCACUUCUUAAGUGCACUUUAUUGUUCCUUCCUCAGUGGAAACACUGGUACGAACCUAUUCGAGCUGGAUCAUCUCAAUCGAGUUUUAUCGUCCACUUUGGUAAUUCCCACCAGUUGGAAAUAUCAAAAAAGAGUCUUCCAAAAAAUUGACACUUGUCUGUUGUCCACUUUGAGGAGAAUGAACCGUCCGGACUACUUCCCCCGUCUGAGGGACCUCUCUGAUGUGGUCCAACUUAUUUCCCACAUGAACAGCUCCAUGACUAGCGAGGUUUACAAAGCGUACGAGGGUGAAAUAAAAGAAAUGCGGCGGAAUAAAUAUUCCCCUCGGGAUGACAUCACAAAUUGGGCAUGCGCAACGACGAAUGGCGCAAAUAGACAAGUCAGAAAAGGUAAGUCUACAAAGAUUGCAACACACAAGGAUGGAAAAAAAAAAAAAAAAUUGCAAUUUUAUUACGCACACAAUUCGUACAAUGAAGUGUACCUCAUGACGUCAUCCUUCAAUUUAAGAAUCUUCAUUUUGAUCAAAAAAAUUGUCCAAAAGGUGUUAAAUGGUAGGGGAUGUGCUAACCUGCACAGUGAAGAGAUCGCUCUCCUUAUAAAGGCAGUAACAAAUCUCUACGAACUGCAAAAAAAAAUCACAAAGAUGAACAAAACAUACACCUAUUUUUACGUUGCAACAAAGUGGAGAUGCAAAAAAAACAAAACUGUAAACACGUAUUUUUUAAAAAUAAUUAACCAAAUUAACAAAGAAAUUCUCCAAUUUGUGUGCAAAAUGGACCAGAAAAGGAUCUUUCUCUGUAACGUUCACAUGCUAAGGAGUAACUACCUGUUUGAGCCGCUAAUGAAGGAGCAACUCGUUCUGUCCCAUCUUCAACAAAGUGUACUCCGAAUGGGGAACAAACCAGUCAGCAUAGGCACUGCCGUUCUUUUCUUUAAUUUUUUGAGUUCAUACAAAAUUGACGAAAUGGUGUUGUCCAGCAGCGGUGUACACUUGAAGGAUGUGUUGCACAGUCCAGUUGUGCCGCGAGCAGGCUUCGAAGAACUGGAGAGGACUCUCCUAAAGGCCUUCCUGGUUAGCCAACAAAUGGAAUGUCCGAACCGAAAAAGAGAAAUGCUGUUUGCACACAUGUACAGUGAAAAGAAGAGACCAAAGUCAAGCAUAAAAAACGCCAUCAAGCAUUUCUUUUUAACGUAUAAAUUCACAAAUUGGGAAUAUUUAAAAAAGUACCAACAGGAAAGGAAAAUCUACAUAAAUAAAAUUUCUAACAAUCUGGAGAAAAAAAUGUUAAAAAGGAAAAUAAAAAAAAUGGACGAUCUGGUUAAGCAGAAUGGCAGCUUUAAGCAUAUGAAUAAGUACAACAAAUUUUUGAUUUGCAAAUUUACCUCAAAAUGGAAGAAGAAAAAAAAAUAUUUAGUCCUUAAAAGCACCAUUAAUUCGUCCUAUGUGGACGCAAAUGAUAUGAUCGAGUUGUUGUUCAGCUCAGUUGUUAUGUCCAUUAGACAUCUUGUCAAUCACCCUAAGGGGAGUUUCCCCCGCGCACGCGAACAUCCCCCCUGUGAACCCCCCAUGUAUGAAUACCCCAAAUGUGUAACAUUCCUGCUAAAAAAAAUGAUUGUCUUGAAAAAACCCAAAAUCGUUAACAUCACAUACCCUCUCUACUUUAAACUCCGUCUCUGUGUUGAGGCCAUCAAAUGGGUGUAUCCCAAGCUGAUGAAAAAUUAUGGGCACAUAUUAAUGUACUGGAAGAAAGUGAUAGGCGCACAUUUGGGGGGCGAGAAGACCUUUAAAAAUUACUUCGACUAUGCGCAGAGGGGGAACCAUGCGUUGAGCGCAUCCCAUAUGUUAGCAAACGGGAGUGAUUGGGGCAGCGCCCCCCACGUGAUAACCCCUUCAAACGGGCAGACGCAGCAAAGCCUCACGAACCACGCAAACAAUGCCUUCCAAAAAUUUCUAACCUACCCCUGCAUUUCGCAAACCAAUUACAAAUAUAAAUUAAAAAGUAAAAAAAGCUACUCCCUCGAGAAUUCUCUUUACUUUAAAAAUUCGAAAUGUUACAAAAACAUAGUCUUUCACGACAUGCACGAGCAUGUGAGCUACCUCCAAAACAUCUCUCAUCGGCUGUACAUUAAUUUUGCGCACUUAAAGAGAAGACUACUACGGCGAAGUAACAACCAGGCGGGACAAAAAAGAAAAAGAAAAAAAAAAAACUAUAAAAGUUUAAGGCAGUUAAACCAUAAUUGUGCCAAACGAAAUAGCAUACUGUACAAAUGCCCCUUCAACAUAGUUGACGUAAAAAAAGUGGAAAUGUUUCAUAGUCAUCUGGUCAGAGUAGACGUCGCCAAACGUAACGGUACCGGUAACAUACGCACGUUUUUUGUCUUUCCCUAUGCUCCCUUUAACCUAAACACAGUCGUAAAAAAUGGGACAAGCGAAGAUAACACGUUGCAGUUGUGCGAAUCCACAUUUUGCAAACGUGAAUUAUUUUUAACUUUAUUUUUGAUGAAGGUGGAAUUGGCGAAGCACAUCCAGACAGAGAUAAACAUUGUGCCCGUGGCUACGGACAAACUGAACGUCAUCCGCAACAGAAAGCAGCUUCAUUUGUACUUAUCAGCAAAACUGUUGUGCUGA